AAAAUAUAUUGUUUUUAAUUAUAAAAUAAUUAUUUAUUAUUUAAUAAUUAUUUAAUAAUUAUUUAUUUUUAUAUAUAUUAUUUGUAAAUAAUUUCUUUUCUUAUUUUUAAAUUUUUAUAAUUAACAUUUUUUUUUAAACUAUAAAAUAAAUAAAUUUAUAUAAAAAAAAAAAAAGGGAUAAUAAAAAUUUAUAAUGGGUAAUAAUCAAUCAUCAGGACAAGGUGAUAAAGAUCAAAAAAAAGAUCAACCAAAAUACCAACCACCACCACCACCAACCCAAUUUGGUAAAAAGAAAAAGAGAAGAGGAGUUGAGACAUCAACUAAAUUACCAGUUGUUACACCACACACCAAAUGUAAAUUAAAACUUUUGAAAUUAGAACGUAUUAAAGAUUAUUUAUUAAUGGAACAGGAGUUCCUUCAAAACUAUGACCUCAAUCAACCAAAGGUUGAAGAGAAUAGCAAAGAACAAGCUGAUGAAAAAAUCAUUGAAGAGCUUCGUGGUGAUCCAUUAACUGUUGGUUCUCUUGAAGAGAUUAUUGAUGAUAAUCAUGCUAUUGUUUCCAGUACAGUUGGUCCAGAACAUUAUGUCCGUAUUAUGUCAUUUGUAGAUAAAUCAAAAUUAUAUUUAGGUGCAACUGUUUUAUUAAAUAAUAAGACCCUUUCAGUCGUUGGUGUAAUCGAUGGUGAGGUUGAUCCAAUGGUUAAUGUUAUGAAGGUAGAAAAAGCUCCAACAGAAUCUUAUAGUGAUAUUGGUGGUCUAGAGUCGCAAGUUCAAGAAAUGAAAGAGGCAAUUGAAUUACCACUCACUCAUCCAGAACUCUAUGAAGAGAUUGGUAUUAAACCUCCAAAAGGUGUUAUCUUAUAUGGUGAACCAGGUACAGGUAAAACUCUAUUGGCCAAAGCUGUUGCCAAUCAAACAUCUGCAACUUUUCUUCGUGUUGUUGGUUCAGAGUUAAUUCAAAAAUACCUUGGUGAUGGUCCAAAAUUAGUUCGUGAAUUAUUUAGAGUAGCAGAAGAAUGUGCUCCAUCCAUUGUAUUUAUUGAUGAAAUCGAUGCAGUUGGUACCAAACGUUAUGAUAGUCAAUCAGGUGGUGAACGUGAAAUUCAAAGAACUAUGUUGGAACUUUUAAAUCAAUUGGAUGGUUUUGAUGCCAGAACCGAUGUUAAAGUAAUUAUGGCCACAAAUAGAAUUGAAACUUUAGAUCCAGCCCUCAUUCGUCCAGGUCGUAUUGAUCGUAAGAUUGAAUUCCCACUUCCAGAUAUUAAAACUAAAAGAAAGAUCUUUGAAAUUCAUACAGGUAAAAUGAAUCUUUCUGAAGAUGUCAACCUUGAAGAAUUUGUAAUGUCUAAAGAUGAUCUUAGUGGCGCUGAUAUUAAAGCAAUUUGUACUGAAUCCGGUCUUUUGGCUCUUCGUGAAAGAAGAAUGAGAGUCACCCACACUGAUUUCAAGAAAGCCAAAGAAAAAGUUUUAUAUAGAAAGAGUGAAUCUGGUCAUGUUGAAGGUUUAUAUAUGUAAAACAAAUUUGUUGAUAUCAAGAAGAAACAAAAAAUAAAAAAAAAAACAAACUAAAAAAAAAACAAUAAAAAAAAAAUAUAACUCUUAAGUUAUUUUUAAAUAUUUUAACUUAU